UUCUCGGACGAUUGAGACGCGUGUGCUUCAAGAAGAAAACCCCGAGUGGGACGUGUGAAUCGAAAGGCUGCCAUUUAUGUCGGUUAAUUAAUUUACAUUAAUUUGUAUGCAAUCAAACAGCGAAGAAACAAAUUGUCUGGCCAAUGAAACAUAUUUAACGGAAUUAUUUUGCGGUGAAACAGUGAUUAAAGAUAGUUAAAAGGUGUUAUUUUGAUAGAGAAUGCUCUUCUAGAGAGGCGCCACUGGAGCAAUGGUCAACGAGUCACCAGCCCGAGGUGGAGGCACCACAACGCUACCCCACAUCCUGCCCAAUGAGAUCGAAACGGAUGCGGCCAAGCGGAUGACAGCUGGGCCACCACCAGUGCCUCCGGGCAGCGACAUCAUUGGCGAUGUCGUGGGGGACUUUGGGAUCUGGCAACUGAGAACGAUACUCAUCAUCUUUCUGUGCAAGAUUCCCGCUGCCUGGUUCAUGGCCUGCAUCAUAUUCACCGGCCCAGAGCUGUAUCCCGGCUCGGAAUUUACCUGCGAUACCAGCUACCUUGACAGUGGAGAUAAUUCCAGCUACAUAGUAUCUGAAAAUCAGUGUUAUGUGAUGGAUAAAGCCACCGGAAGUAGCACAGAGUGCGAACAGUUCACCUAUGAGAGCAGCUUCGAUUCCCUGAUCAUGCAGUUUAACCUGGUCUGCCUGAGGGACAUCUUCGUGGCCUGGACCCAGUACUGGCAUCUGUUUGGAGUGCUUGUUGGAGGCGUUAUGGGUACCAAAAUGAUGCUCGGCAUUAGUCCCAGGAACACCUACUGCGUAGGAGCUGUGGCCCAGAUCGUAUGUGGAGUGGUCACCGGUUACGCCCGUGACUUUAGUCUUCAUUGUGCCUUCCGCUGCAUGUCCGCCGUUUGUUGUGCGAUCAUGUUCACCGCGGGACAGGCGAUAUUUGCCGAUAUCACAGCGGGAAUGCAUCGCAUUGGGGCCAUCAUUCUAUAUGACACCUUUUGGUCUGUUGGCGUUAUCCUGCUGCCAGGACUCUCCUCGUUCUUCAACAGCUGGUCCCUGAUCUAUGUGGGUAUAACCUUCCCCACCAUCAUGCUGAUCGUGCUGCUCUACUGGACACCCGAUUCGCCACGAUGGCUCCUCCGGCAUGCCGUAGACCGCGUCUCUAUUGAUAACGUUGAGGAAAUCGUGCGAGAGGGGGCGGCUAUAAAUGAUCGCACCUUCAAGAUCCCACCCGACUUUCGCCAGCAGCUGGAACAGCUGAGUGAGCGGCUCAAGGCCCAACCCCCACCGGCCCCCUGGCGGGAGCUGUGGAAGGGGAAGAGGGCCAAGACGCACAUGGUGGCUGCUCACCUGGCACAGGCCUUCUUCGUUAUCAACUUCAUGGGGAUGCUGCUCAACAUUCGAUCAUUUGGCAGGGACUACUUGGUGCCUAACACCAUUGCCAUGGGCUUCUCGGAAAUCAUUGGUUGCUUCCUGGCCCUUCACUUCACCCUCAAGCAUAACAAAUGGAAGUGGCAGUGUGCCGGGGUCUUCAAUAUACUCGCUGGAAUACUGGGCUGCAUGGGUUGGAUCUUCACCAACGCGGACUCCAUGGAUGCCGAUCUGAAGGUUACCCUGUGGAUGAUCAUUGCCACCAUUCCAAAGGCUGCUGUCUCGUGUGCCCAGUCCAUGAUCCUGGCCUGCAUGAACGAGCUGAUGCCGGCGAAUAAGAAGCAGCUCUAUGUCUUCUCCGUGGUCACCUGGGCGAGAAUCUGGCUCCUCUCAGCCCCGUUCUUUAACGUCCUGAGAAAGAUCGACACCGCCAUGUCGCUGACAUCAUACUGUGUGUUCAGUAUUUUGGGUGGAAUAUGCACUUGUCUGCUCCUCACGCCCAGGACAAGUGUGGCACCAGUUGUGCCUGCGGUGAAGCCCAGUGACAAGAAGGAGCAAUCCCCAUUGAAUGCUCCAGUGUGGACCAUUGAAUCGGAUGUGAAUAACACUCGACUGUAG